AUGUCUGAUCGAGGCGACGACUGCUAUUUCUUUUUCUACUCCACGUGCGCCAAGGGGGACGCGUGCCCGUUCCGGCACUGCGAGGCCGCGCUGGGCACCGAGACGGUUUGCACGCAGUGGCGAGCAGGGCGCUGCUCCCGGCAGCGGUGCCCGUACCGGCACACGGCCGUGGAUAAGAAGCGCAGUGAGAUUCCGUGCUACUGGGAGAACCGGCCGCUGGGAUGCCAAAAGCUCAACUGUGCUUUCCACCACGACAGAGUGCGGAGCAACAGUGAUGAAGUACAGCAAUGUGACAUGCACAUAUAUGCUAGGUCAAAGGGUAGGUGCAUACACAGUGUCAGGGGCCGCCAAGCGGCGGCAUCAUUUCCCGCUCUCCCAGUAAUACGUGAGAGUUCCACAAAGGGCAAUGGACAGACUGAAAAAUAGUCUUGGAGUUAAGCCUGUGAUAUUGACAGGGGCAGAAUGGACAGAAAGCAUGGAAAAUACACAGUAAAUGUUGAAUGUUCUGGAAAUCAGCUGCCAAGCACGUGUCCACAUGACCAAGAGGCCCACAGUUCCACGUGCUGGAGUCCACCUUCGAAUGACAUGACCAGUGACAACUGCUCCAACUUAUCUGGAGUCUGGGUGAGCCCAGGAAUCCUUGCACAGUCAAGAUGCCCACAGGCAGAAUUGUCCAAUACACAGAUGAAAGGAAAAAACUGCAGCAACUGGUCUCCAUGGAAAGUUUUCCUGGCUUGUCUUUUGGCAUGUGUGAUAACAACAGCCAUUGGAGUUCUCAUAUUAUGCCUGGUAAACAAUAAAGGAAAUAAUUCCACCAUUAUUGUUCAGCUACCCACAAAUAAUGGAGAACCUGCAGCAGCCCCUGCAACUUCUCAGUCUACAGUGACCACCACUUCAGCUCAAACUACAACAGCAACCACUUCAACAGGAUCUACAGCCUCUGCAGUCUCUGCUAGUACCACACCAGCGACAACCUCAGCCAUCACUUCAACUCAACCCAUAACCACGGCAGCUGCAACUUCUGCCACAGGAUCUACACCUGUUGCAGCAUCCACUGGAGCUAUAGCCACAACAGUCUUAGCCAUCGCUUCAACUCAGCCUGUAACCACAACAGCUGGAACACCACAUGAAGGCACAGUCUCCACAUCUGCCACAGGAUCUACAGCUACUGCAACAUCCAGUAGAGCUAUACUUCCAGUAGCUUAA